AGCUAUGGAUCCUAAACCUGUAAAGUUGCAAGAAAAUAUAAUUUUGACGUUCAAGAACCUGAAGAAUGACCCAAGAGAGAAGCAUUGUAUGUUCUGGAGUUGCCUGAGCAAAAGUCAAGAUGGAUUUUCGAAAGAUGGAUGUCAUGUAGUUACAUCCCGAAGCAACUUAAAAGAAACAGUCUGCAGCUGCAAUCAUUUGACUCAUUUUGCUGUCUUAGUUGACUACAGUGGUGACAGUGUGCUGUCCCAGAAUGACGAAGAUAUUUUGGAGAUCAUCACCUAUAUAGGAUUAAGCCUUUCCAUUAUCGGAAUGAUUCUAACCAUAAUCAUUUAUUCUUUGUUUACAGAUGUUCAUAAACCUCUCACUCAAAUACGACUGAGUCUCGCCGCAUCGCUCGGAGCUGGUCAAAUAAGCUUUCUCGCUGGAAUGCACGCUAUGGAAAACCCAACCAUUUGCAUCACAGCGGCAGUUGUUACACAGUAUUUCCUGAUGGCCGCUUUCUGCUGGAUGCUAGUGGAAGGAAUCUACUUUUACUUGUUUAUUGUGAAAGUUUACAACAUCAGCAAUAGGUUGAUAGUGUAUCAGGUCGUGGCAUGGGGUUUCCCCGUCAUUAUGGUCAGCACUUCUCUCAGCAUCGCAAUUGGAAAAGGAGGGAUUCAAAGCAACACCAGCAACAAAUCCUGUUGGUUGUCGUCAACUUAUGACUUGAUCUGGAUAUUUGUCGCAUUUCUGACGGCAAUUGGAGUUCUUGGCAGUUUUAUACUCGUACGUGUCACAAGGGAGUUGACCACGUUGUCGCAAACAGGAGCCAAUAAGGUUCAGCGAGUCCGACUUGGCAUCAGAACAUGCGUUCUGAUGAUUCCCCUUCUUGGCAUCACUUGGUUGUUUGGUCUUCUGUCGCCACUAUACAAGGCUUUUACCUACAUCUCCACCAUUCUCAACUCCACUCAGGGUGUUCUUAUUUUCAUCCUGCACUGUGUGAGAAAUAGUCAGAUUAGGGAGCGAUUGGGUGACAAAAUUAAAACAGCGACGAUUGGUCAGAUUGGAGCUCGAAUGAAAAGCGAGAAGGAACGCUGUCUCCCAUCUCCGAACGACAGAAGCUCAACCAAAAAGAAUCUAAAGAUGAAUCCAACCGGUGCAGUUUGGGCAACUAAAUUGCACCCAUGCAGCGAAUAUGAGUUGAAAUAG